CGAAAGGUGGCGGUAGCGGAGCUCAACCGUUACACCUUAAAGUUAAGUCAGUGCACGCAUGUGUACAACGUUUUUUUGGGGGAAGAAACGGCGUGCAGCAACUAGACAUAGCAGUGGAAUUAUGGCACUGAAUGCAGAUGAUGAUGACUUCGAGUGGACACCCCCUUCAGAAUCUGAGAUGAAGGUUAUUCAUGCUCAGCGGGAACGACAGGACAAGAUAAGCAAGCUCAUGGGCGCCUACCUUCUCAAAGGCUACAAGAUGUUAGGAGAAUGCUGUGAGCAAUGUGGGACGAUUCUCCUUCAGGACAAGCAGAAGAAGAACUACUGUGUCGCAUGUCAGGAGCUGGACUCUGAUGUAGACAAGGACAACCCAGCUCUGAAUGCCCAAGCUGCCCUGUCACAGGUCCGAGAGAGACAGCUGGCUUCUCAGCCUGUCCCUCAGGCUAAUGAAGCACCCUCCAGCGACGCCCCCCUCCCCAUCACUGGGCAGCCCAGACCAGAGCACUGUGAGGGGGCUGCGUCAGGACUGAGAGGACCUCUACCUCCACCAGCCAACCCCUCUCCUGUAUCCACCGUGACCCCCAGCUUCCUCCCUCCGUCCACCCCUUCCAUCCAGCCAGUCCAGGUGCCAGCCCCCCUAGUAGCCCCUGCACCUCACCCAGCCCUAUCCAGUGCUGAGGAAGUAGUGCUGCACAAGCUGCGGUGGGCCACACAGGAGCUCCAGCACUCAGCCUCAGUAGAGGCCAGUAUCCAGCUGUGCAGCUUGAUCCGCAGCUGUGCAGAUUCACUGCGCAGCCUGAAAGAGCUUCACCAAUCAUGAGACUGAACUGAUGGCAAUUCUAAAAAAUAAUAAAAAAAUAAAUAAAAACAGAAACAAGGCAUAAACACACACUCACUCACACAAGCAACACCGGAAGUUAUAGCAGCUUGUUUCCCUUGCAAAGGUUUUUGUGACAAGUUGAAGCUGCUUCGCCUCUGCCGGUAAAGGUUAUUGUAAUAAACUUGGACAACUGUCUGCAUAUGCAUACUUUGCAUUUUGAGGGCCUGACCUGUAGUUAUAUCUUGUUUAUACAUUGCUGUUACUUUUUAUUUGCAGUCUUCUCUGUGGAUGCAGGGUAACGUUUUGACACAAACUUGCAUGAUGACAAUGGGCACCUCUGAGUGGUCGAAUAUCUUGAACUAAAUAUAGUUGAAUGGUGUUUGACUGGUUGGUAUUAAUGUAUGUCAAUUGUUUAUAAAAUCUGAAUUUAUCCACGUUA